UUCCGGAAAAAUCCGGAAAUCUCAAAAUACCCGAAUUUGGGACCCGACUUUUUAAAAAACUCAGCCGGAUCCGGUCCGGCACCAACCUACACUUCAGUCUUCAAAAAUAUCUUUUGUCUGUUUCACCCUUUUUUUGUUGUUUUAACUUUCAAUUUAUUUUAGAUAUGGAUUCAAUAAAAGACUUUCCCAACUUAGAAACAGCCUCCAAAAAAUUACUGCGUUCAUUAGAAACAGCAAAUUACCUCUACACUCAUUUAAAUAAAUUGGAUCAAGCAAAGAAUGCAGCAAGUAAAGACGAUGCUCCCAAAACGGCUGAAAACAAAGAAAAAGAGGCUAAAGCUGAAGAAGGGACAAGAUCGGAGGACUCCAAUUUUUCAAUCCAAAAUUCUCCAAAUUUUGAAAAACAAGUAAAAAUGGUGGAUGAAUUACGCUCACUUUGGGGGCAAUUAAGUGAUUGUUUAACUCAAUUAGAGAAAAUGCCAGACUCACAUCAUGCUAUUCUUGCUCUUCAAAAUGCCGCGGAGGCGUUCUUUCUCUGUUAUUCAAUGUUCUUUCCUCAAUCACCAAAAUCAACUUCUACAAAAGAACAAACUACAACAACUUCUACUGUUGAUAAUUUACAAAGUUUAACUCAACCACAAUCUACUUCAGUUAAUUCGCCUGAUUCACAACCGUCAUCGACAGUAAAUUUAAAUGAUGCUAAUUCUUAUCAAAAGGAAAUGUUUGCGUUUGCAGGUUUUUUUUAUUUACAGAAAAUUUUUUUCGAUAUUUUUGAUGUUGCGUGA